UGGGUGGAUCUGCUUCCCUCCUGUCGAUCGCCCUCGCCAAAUUUCUUCGUGCAGGCGCCACACCUUCUUCCACAGGGCCAGCGCUGAUUCGCCCAGUAACCGAAAUACCCGCAUCGUAACGAGAGAUUUGAGUUUGCGGAUCGAAACACAGAAAGAGAACGACAAGACAAUGCGGCAAGCAACUUCCGCAGCGCAAGAGGAGCCAGAUCGCGUCAUUUCAGUCGGAUUUCCUUGUUCAGCGCGGAGAAGAGGAUGCUUGUCGAGAUCGGACCCUCGACCGAGGAUUGUGCUGAGGCUCACAGCCUGCUCCCUAUCCUGCCGUGGCUGGGUAUCCGCCAGUUACCAGUGACUUGCAAUCGCUACCGUAGCAAUUUCCUGAAUCCCUCCGACGGAAAACACUCGAUGCCUUGCCGCGUCUUGCUUUUAUUUGUCCGGACAGACGUUUCUAGGCCUCGAAACAAAGCGUUUGUUAGCCGUGGGACUCAGCCAAGACACGUUAUCUGCGUGAAACAGCCGUCCAACUGUCGACUCACGCUCUUCCGAUGCGGUUUCGGACGGCUCGUACGGGUCUGUUUGCUUUGCCUAUUCGCAGGUUGCCCCGUUAGAAGCCCUGAGGUUCUGGGCUCGAUGGUGGAAGCAGAUACGGUCGUGGUUGUCAACUCGUGCGUCGGCGAAGGCGGAAGGCUGCUUGGUACCGAGCGCCACGAGGAGGAAACGACGCCAGAUUCUGGCGGCUAUUCAAGCUAGUGAAGCCCAUUAAAGUAUACCGUGUAGCGUCGUUAAGAUGCGGUACGUCUCGCAUUGUGCUUGCAGGCUAAUUUGAGAUGCGCCGGGGUUGGGGUAAUUAGACGUACCUAGGCAAACAUGCGUAUGUGGAAAUUGAAAACUUCGUGUGUGGCGCUCACCGUGGAACAGUCAGAAGCAUAUGCGGAGAAAUAAAUUUGCGGUAGGAAAAUAGGCUUGAGUGACUGAUGUAUGGCGUUGAUAUCCAAGGGACUGCAGGCGCCCGGGCGGACUUGAUGCCUUAUCAUGGGGCGUUAUUCUCCCUCCCCAGCAGUUGCAGCUUCCCAUUCUUGGAGCUUUCCGCCAUGGCAUCGCAGGUCUAGAACAAUAGGCAAACUCUGACUGAACACAGUGUUGCA